UCUCUAGCUAGACCAUCGAUCGAAGUAAAUUCCAGAAGUUGUUCUGUCAAUUACCACACGAGGCUGGGACAUUAAUUGACCUCAGCUGCGAUCCCUGUCGCUGCGUUGGCGGUCAGGCAAACUGAGAAUGGAGACUGAUUCUCUCUCAGUCUUCGAAUCCAGCAACAGGAUCGACAAUUCAGCCGACGUAAUUGGAUCCUUCAUUGCAGAUUGGGUACAAAUCAAAUACUUCUAUUCCGAAGCAGCUAGUCUUGCGCAAGAGCUUUGCGAAACUCUCCUUGCUAGCAACGCCAUUCGUGCAAUCGUCACCCAUCGAGUCAAGCAAGGCCAUCGGUUGGAAGCGAAACUCAGAGAGCGAGUGCGAAAGCUAGGGCGAGAGUACAAGACCGCCAGAGAAAUUAGAGAUGAUGUCGUUGAUCUUGCUGGAGUGAGAAUUGCUCUCUACUUCCCAAGUGACAGAGAGAAAAUCGACAAGAUAAUUCACGAUGCUUUCACUGAGGUUAAACACAAGACAUUCCCAGAGCAAGAUAGCAACCGAGUUUCUGACUCAAUGUCUCUCGUCACAGAGACAUCUCUCGACUUCCAGCAACGAUUCCAUGGCUAUUCAGCCGACCACUACCGAGUUCGGAUGAGGGUUGAAAAUUUGGCUACAAAAAAGCUUCGAGACGACUUUCAGAAGACAAAUCCGGUAAUUGAGAUUCAGGUUGCAUCAGUGCUGAUGCACGCUUGGGCGGAGAUAGACCACGACCUCGUGUACAAGACUCUUACUAGUGGACCUGCAUCUCAGCAAGAACUUCGACUUCUCGAUGCCACCAAUGGUCUUGUGCAUACUGGGGAGGUCUUGCUACAACAGCUGCAGACAGCUAUGGACGAUCGUGUGGCGUAUCAAAACAAGCCCUUCAGCGAGCAGUAUGAGCUUUUGAGCUUCUUGCGAGGGCAGAUCAAAAAGGCUAAAGGGUCGAUGGAGCACUUGGAUAUUCUGCUUCUCGUGCUGAAGAUAACAGAUCUCGAUUCCCCACGAAAAUUGGGAGAAAUUCUGGAAGGCUUUAUGAUUCCACCCAAGAGCAACGCUCCUAUCGCGCUCAUUAUCUUGGAGCAUAUAUUGUGUUCGCUUGGUGAAGAUCAACGUCGCAAUAACAAUCUUUAUCUCAGACCUAGAUCGGUUGUACUCAGAGAGCUCGAGAUUGACAAGACAAAUUCCAAAUGCUAUUCGACCGACGUCAGCACGCGUGAUAAGAUUCUCGAUCAAAGAGACAUUCUCGAGAUGGCCGUAUCUGUUGCGGAUAUUAUGCGCUUCCCUGAAAAGUCUAUCCUCGUUGUCGAAGGCAUGCCGCAGAAGUUCAGAAAGUUCUAUGCCCUUUAUAAUCUGGUACAUUUCGCUACCAUUCGUCCUGAUAAAGAAAGCAAGGAAGGCGAGAAGUGGUUGUGUGAGAUAUCACUAAGAGAACUAGAUCCACUUUGGACAUGGUUCGAGACCAAUGAAGAUGUUUUGUUCCGUGUUUCUUUGCUACUAGCGAGAAUGAACGUGGAGGAAGUUGAUCAAGAACUGAUCAAGUUGCGUCCAUCAAGCGGCUUUCAACGUCUGCCUUCCGUAUACGAGCCGAAUGCGGGUUAUCUGAGUCCUAGGCAUAUUAGCCCUGGUAACAUGAGCCCUGGAUAUUUCAGCUCAGGAUCACUCAAUCGAGGCGAUGAUAAUACCGACUCGAGGGUUUCUAGGACGCCAGAAGGAUCCAGAAGCCCGACGACCAGUCCAAUACCCGGCAACCAAUCAAAGAACCAACGCCCCGAGAGAGGAUCUCCUGCUGCACGAGCAACCCCCCAAAAUUUCGAUACUGACGAGGAAAACGAAGAAGACGAUUCACCAGUCGUCAUACCGGAACGUACCAGACGACCAUAUAUUGAAUCAACCUCCAGGCCUGAGUCAGAAAACAGGCUGGACCGCGACAAGGGCGCUCCCAUAGAAUCGAGAGCAGAAAAACACAGAAAUGAGGCCGAAAGAUCGCCAGAGCACGAAAAUGUCACACCUACGCCUGGAAAGCGAAGAUAUGCAUCGGAGAGAGUACCACAGAUGGAUUUCAUAAGCACAAGAUCGAUGCCAGAAGCAAGAGUAGAAAGAGAAGAGUUCAUGAACGAUCAGCCCAGACUCACGUCCCGGGGUCCUAAUAGGAACGCCUAUGUCGAGGAAGAGAGUUCUGAUGGUUCUGACGCAGAACCAAGAAACCCAAUGGUAAGAGUCCACCAACAAAGUGGACGGCAAUCAUAUAGGCCAUCAAGUCAACUACCACAACCAAGGACAAAGCGAAGAGAGUCCUACCACGCCACCUCAAGUCCAGGCGAAUAUACUAUGCCUGAGGUUCCCGAAGUUCCGGAGCCGCCCGAUUUAGAACAAGAUCCUGAACGGGUUGCCGAGCCAAGAUAUCGCGGGCAGUCGUCUGCAUCUAUGACAUCUAUGCCAGUAGCUGCAGCACCUACGAAACCAAAACGAAGAGAUACCGGGCGAUCAAGGAGAAACGACUACUAUCGGUCCAACGAGCCAGCGCUGCGCAGGAGAUUUGAGCCAUUAGGUGGGAGAGCGAGAUCAAUGGAGGAGCCUGCACCAUCCUUUAGUGGGCCACCAGCAUAUUUCCCAACAGAUUACCGAGAGCCGCAACCACAACGACCUCAAGCCCCAAGAUUGUCAACGUACUACCCAGUGUCCGCACCGUCUGGCCCUCCUGGUUCUGGUUGGUAGUCAGGUUAGAUGCCGCGCCAAGUUCUUGGUUGCGGAGGCUACUUUCUCUUUUGAAGGAAUGGACAAUCGUCUUCAACAUUAAAGUAGUCUAUACGCACUAUCAUAAAAUAGCAAGGCCGUCAAAUGAAUUAGUUCGUUACUUGCAGUUCUGUAAGACACAGAAGCGCCUUUGCUCGUCAUUUCCUCGAAACAUUUUACCACACCGCUUUUUGACGUUCAUCUACCACGAAUCCCCUUCAUUGCCACCCUCUCUUUCUCCAACUUUGCACCUAUGCAGCCACAACAAUAAACGAAUCAAAGUACCAAACAGGACCAUUCAAACAAGAAUCGAUAUCGAUCUCGAUUGUAUCCUCGAGUAUGCCUCCUUGGAAUAU